UGAGUGAGCCGACAGAGCGGAGGUGACAGCGGAGAAUGGAGAGGAGCCCGUCCGCCCGGCGAGCUUUGACCGCGGCGAGCGAGGAGAACCCACUCGGCCCUUUCCUUCUGGAGCCAUCGUGCUGAAAGAAACCGGGAGGACUUAACUGGGGGGCAAAGGAAAGGAAUGGCUGAUCCUCUGCGGAGGACUUUAUUAGCGAAACUCCGGGGGAAGAAAUCCAAGAAAGGAGCGACGGUCGGCGGUGGAUACUGCGCUGCUGCUGCGGCGAAUGGGGGCCGAGAAGGUAAAGAAAAAGUUUUGCAGACGCAGCGCGACUCCGACGAGGCUCGCCCGGUAGCAGUCUCGCUCGCGGGGCUGGAUUGCACGACAGAGAGAAUGAGUACGUACGAGAAUUGUGUUGACGGGGCCAUGGUGCAAACAGAGGGGGUUGUUGUAGUAGUCCGGGAGAGUCGCUCCGCAGUGUCGUCCGGCGCACGUCCCCAGGAGCGGAGCAGCGGGGGCAGGGUUCGGGUUAAUGAGGAGCUCCCGGGGGUCUCACUUCAAAGAGACGUGCGCUUUGGGGGGCGCGAGUUUGGGGAGGCAGAUAGGAGCCACCGGGGGCCCAGAUCCGCCGGCAAAAUCGCGUUAUCUGCGGGGGUCCCGCUCGGAGGACCGCAUGUCCAGAGGAAACACUACGUCUCGGUGCCGCGGCAGUGCAGCGUCGGGGAUUCAAUCGGGUUCGGGGACAAUUCAAAUCACGUUUUAUACCGAGCACAGGUAGAGCCGCAUGCCGGGGUAGGCAAACCACCAGAGGGCCGGGUUGCUGCUGCUGAUGGCGAUGGGACGGAGCACAGAGACCGGGGACACUGCCGGCACAUGGCAGGGACAGUAGUUCAUGAACACAACGCCAACCGGAGUGUUGACAACAACCAAACUUCGGAGACACACUCGCUCGUUUGCGCUGAACCUGUGCGUCCAAACAGCACGCAAAGAAACACGGAAGAAAACAUCGUAAUCAGAAACGUUGAGAGUUACGGGCCCGAGUACGCAGCGGACAUCAGAGGGCCUGCGGGCGGUCUGCAGAGCCCGACCUUUUUCCCCACAGAGUUAGAAAUAUGCGACAUUAACGUGGCGUCCCUCUGCGCCACAGAGGGGUCACUGAGAUACACUCUAGAUAGUGAAGAUGAGGAUUAUUAUGAUAACGAAAUUCUGCCUUUUUAUGAGACGAUCAGAGCAAAAGGUGAUGGAGAUAUUGCAGAGCUGCCACAGCCUGGUCAGGAUAAAGGACAGCUUGAUGGUAGUAACAGUGCACAGGAAACAGACAGGCUCAGGAGCCAGCUGAAAGAAGCUUAUUACCUUCUUAUCAAUGCUAUGAAUGAUAUCAACCUGGAUGUCCAACAGAUGAGCAGUGGUUUAACUGAGCAGCAGGCCACCUCCUCCUGUAGUAGCCACUCCAGGGACAGCCUGUGCUCGAGGUUGUCCGCCAAAAACAUGGACAGUGACUCCUGGUCCUCGGGAGGCGACCACAGCCCCCAGCAGGUGUCUGACACUGACUCACUCCUGCUUUGCCUCAGUGGGAACCUCGAGUCAGGCCUCGAAGGCCGGCUGAACAGCAAGAGUAUGGUGAACCUGUCCUUGACCAAGAGGAGACCCACAUUACGGCGCUCUGUGAGUGACGGAGCUGUCAGGCCUGCAGGUGGCCCCUCACUAUGUGUUCAGAACCCUGGAGGUCCAGACACCAGUGGUGAUAACGGGGCCGCAGAGACAAGAGUAGGGGUCGAGCUGUCAGAACCUCAGGUGCUUUGCAACGCCGACAGCAGCGAUGAGCUGCUACAAGACGCCGGCGACGAAGACCGCGGCGGGCAGCUCGACGAGAGCAGCGGCUCAGUCAACAGCCUCGCAGGUUCUUCGGACAGCAACGCGGAUGCGUCUACAAACCAGGGUCACGACGACAAGCGGGAGCCCCCUGACGUCCGAGCGCAGGGGGCCCACACUGUCAACAAGGGCCACGGCGUCACUGUCAACAAGAUGCAAGAGUGGAUGCACAAGGGGCGUUUGCUGUCCUCUGAGAUGAAGCAGCGCAUCGAGGGCUCAUCUUUGCCCCGCGGCGGAGGCCAAAGCCAGGACCGGCCCUGUCCUCAGGGUAACCUCGGCGUGUCUAAAGCGGGGGUCCCGACAUCCAGCCGAGGGGUUAAAUCUGUCAAGGCCAAGUCCCCACAGCACCAGCAGCCAGCUUUCAUUGAGAAUGUCCAAACCCCCUGUGCUAAUGGCCGUGAGGUGGGCAGGGCCAGUGAGUCUUCGUCAUGGCGGCCACCGCUCACCACCAUCACUGUCUCUAAGAAGCGCAACUGGCUGCAGCAGAGCUCCCUCGCGAAGAAUCCCUGCACCAAGGACGAGCUGCAGGGAAUGCUGGGAGCUGAGGAGGAGGGCUGCCAUCAGCCGCCACCUCCUCCCAGUCCCUCUCCAGACCACCUGAGACACUCGGGGGGAGCUUCAUCACGGCCAGCCCGCCUGCACCUGCCUCAGAUCAGCAUCGGUCAGGCCAAGGUGUCUCCUCACCCUCGGAGCGUGGACCCAGCCGAGGAGAAUGACGCGGACGAUGAAGGAGAGAUCUGGUACAACCCGAUCCCUGAGGAUGAUGAACUGGAGAUGUCUCAGCGACCCUCCUUUCGACUGCGGGUUCCCCCCGGUGCAGAGACCCAGAGGAGGCCCAGCAGGGGAGGGGAUGCGGGUCAUGAUGGCAAGAACCCGGGGAGCGGCAGCGGCACCGGCACCGUCGGGCCGGAGGCGUUCGGGGAAAGCCUCGGUGGUGGUGGUGGUUCAGGAGACGGGAGUCAGGGGAAUGCUGUACAUUCCACAGAGGCACUACAUCUGCACAGACAGAUGCUCGCGUGCAAACCACCGGAGGAGGGGGGGCCUUCCACCAGCAGAGCUACAGAUGGUCCUGACCUGCCCAAUGCUGUCAGCUCCCCUCCCUCCAGCCCAAACCCAGCCAAGAAAAGCAGCUCCAUCAACUGGUCCUUCCCAGACAAGAUCAAGUCCCCGCGUACCGUACGGAAGAUCUCCAUGAAGAUGAAGAAACUCCCGGAGCUUAGCCGGAAACUCAGCAUCAAGGGGACCCCGAGUAGCAGCAAUGGCAGCAACGGCAACAACGGCAACGGAAGCAGUCAUUUAGAGCCCAGAGCCCAUUCUCCCCGAAACAACACGCGUGGGUUGGAGGCCAUCCCCCAUUCCUCAGGCCCUCCUAGAUUAGCUGCAUCUGGGGGUGGGCAGGCAAGCCGUAACGUGAUCUCACGCUACCACCUGGACAGCAGUGUGUCCACACAGCACAGCUUCAGCAAGAAGAAAAGCAGCGGCAACUCAAAGGCCGCCAGUAAAGGUGGCUACCUCAGUGAUGGGGACUCACCGGAGCUUGUGGCCAAAUCUGGGAAGCACGGCUCUGCAGAGGUGAAGGGAGGGAAAGGCAAGGAGACGGAGGGAGGAGGCGGAAGCUCUAAACUCAAUGGCACGGAGCUGGACAUCGAUGCUUUCCGCCAUUACAGCUUCACAGAGCAGCCCAAGUGCAGCCAGUACAUCUCCGGACUGAUGAGCUUGCACUUUUAUGGCGCUGAGGACCUCAAACCUCCACGCAUUGACUCCAGAGACGUCUACUGCGCCAUCCAAGUGGACUCCGUUAAUAAAGCACGAACUGCCCUCCUCACAUGCCGAACUACCUUCCUAGAUAUGGACCACACCUUCAACAUCGAGCUGGAGAACGCCCAGCACUUGAAGCUGGUAGUGUUCAGCUGGGAGCCCAUGCCAAGACGCAACCGCGUCUGCUGCCACGGCACGGUGGUUCUGCCCGCGCUCUUCCGGGUGACUCGCUGCCACCAGCUGGCGGUGAAGCUGGAGCCGCGGGGCCUGAUCUACGUCAAGCUGACCCUGAUGGAGCAGUGGCAGAACUCGCUGGAUGGUGGGCCAGACGGAAACAGGGAGCCACAGGUGUUUGGUGUGGAGGCGUGGCGGGUGGUGGAGAGGGAGAACACGGGACUGAUGGUGCCGCUGCUUAUAAGCAAGUGCAUCAAUGAGAUCGAGAAGAGAGGCUGCCAGGUUGUGGGUCUCUACCGUCUAUGUGGAUCUGCAGCCGUGAAGAAGGAGCUGCGAGAGGCGUUUGAGAGAGACAGCUGUGGCGUGGAGCUGUGUGAAAACACCUAUCCCGACGUUAACGUCAUCACAGGAGUACUGAAGGACUACUUGCGAGAGCUGCCCUACCCUCUGAUCACCAAGCAGCUGUACGAGGCGGUGUUGGAGUCCAUGGCCACGAGGCCUCUGCGGAUAGGAGCAGCGGGCUGCGAGAACGACCAGGCCGACACGGAGCACACCGUUGGCCUGCUGGACAACCUGCCAGACGUGGAGAGGAUGACACUGCAGACGCUUCUUGACCACCUGAAGCUGGUAGCGUCCUGCCAGGAAGUGAACAAGAUGACGUGCCAGAACCUGGCGGUGUGUUUCGGCCCGGUGCUGCUCAGCCAGCGCCAGGAUGCGUCCUGCCACACCAACCGAGUCUUCAUUGACUCAGAGGAGCUGGCCAGCGCGCUGCACUUCAAAAAGCACAUCGAAGUCCUGCACUACCUGCUACAGCUCUGGCCUGUUGUGGACCCACAUGGCCGGUCCUGCUUUCAGCCCCCUGCAGCCUGUUUGGCUCCGGCCUCACCUGUCCUGCUGUCAGCUCCUCCCAUACGGCGGAGAAAAGAGCGCCCCCAGGUCCUGAACCUCUCUGAAGCGGAGAUGGCGGGUGUUCUGCGGCCCAAACCGGGCCGUUUGGACAGCCCCAGCAACCGCUACGCUGGCGACUGGAGCGAAUGCGGCGAGAGCUACUUCCCUUGUGAAAUUCUGCUGCCUCCCAACAAAGAGGAGGUGGACUAUGACGACGUGGCCUCCGAGGACACAGAGGCAGCUGACGAGGUGCAGGAGAAGCCUGAGGACGCAGAGGAAGAUGACGGGCAGAUGGUCACAAUCCCUGCAUCUGAUCCUGCCGAGCAGGAGCAGCCUCAGAGAGAGGAGGAAUAUGAGGAGGAGGUGGAGGAGGAGGAGAAGCAAGUAGAGAGUGAUACGGGCAAUGGGCAGCCAUUAGAGGACAAGGAGGAGGAGAGGAUGUGCGACCACAUCCUGCCCCCUUGUCUGCCCAAAGAGCACACCUACCAGGCUUACAUGAAGAUCCAGGAUAUCAGCCCCGUGCUGAGCAACAGGGUCAACCUCAGAGACCUGCAGGAGAGCAUCGACACUCUCAUAGGAAACCUGGAGCGAGAGCUCAACAAGAACAAGCUCAACGUUGGAUACUGACUCCUACGACAGUGACACACACACAUAUCCACUCACACACUCGUGAAGACUGAUGGUGUUUGGAAAGACCUUCUUUACCGUUCAAGGUGCUUCAGGAUACAGCCACAGUGUUUCCAUGGAGCUCCUGUGAUGUCGGCGCGGUGCUUCUGUACAAACCUAAAGGACGAGGUGAGAAGAAAUGCAACGGGGCACUUCCGGCGUUUGUAAUUUACCCAUAGACAUUCCGCAGUGUUUUUAUUUUAUUGUUAUUUUGUCGACUGUUUUACUUCAUGUUGUGUGUUUGUUGCAGUCCGGUUCUGUGUUCCAUGUUGUUAUUGUUGCUUCUCUUCUUAUUAGAAGAACCCAUUGACCCCUCGGGGGUUUAAACGGUGCCUUAAUUGUGUGAAGGUGGUACGUCAAGAGGAAAAUCCACCCUGAAAUACAAUGCAUUCCCUCGUGUGAUCUCGAUACAGUGUUGAUAACCUCUGUGAUGUUAUGAAGAUACGUUUUUACACAGACAAAGGCUGCAGUGUGUUGUGUUUUUUAGCAGGUACGAAUCCACAAAGGGGACUACGGGGCUCUACUCAGGCAAUCAUUUAAGCGAUACUGAUGUCAACAUUUUAAGGGCAAAAUUCCUGAUAUACUUUAUUUAACAUUGACCAUUUUCACACCAAAACAUCCCAGUGCUUCCAGAGUUUUGAUGGCUGGCUUCUGAAGCCAUUGGACACUUCCACAACUAAGCAGUGGUAGGCAAAAAAUCUGGGAUGCAUUCGGCCUUUCAAUUAAGAAUUGGAUUCCAAGAAACGUUUGUAAUUAGUUAAUUAGAUUAAUAAAUGAAAAGGUGGUUCUCCAGACAUGGACAGGGCCUCUAUCACUUAUGGAUGAAAACUGCUCCCCUGUUUCAUUGAACCCUGCUGUUAUUGACCAGAACAUUUGUCUCUAAUGCUGAAUGGGAAAUAUCUGAGUUUCUUGCUUCUACCGUCUACUUUUUGAGCACGUAAACACAGUGUUUAGUAAUGCAAACCAAGAUCAUAGGAGGAACCUGUGUGCAUUCUGUUUGAGGGUGGAUUUCCUUUUUUUUAAGGCAGCAGAGAGCUUUUCUAUUGAGGUAUGAAACACUAAAUGUUGUACAACAAUAAUGCACUUAUAAGGCAGGCAGUAGUGUAGAUUGUCAUUAUAGCUCAUGCAGUAGAAUGGACUGUGGACUGAGUUACGGGAGACACAGCCGCCACUGAAACCUCCUGUUAAGGAUAAAUAAGUAAGAAAAACAUUUAUUUACGUUCUGUAUUGUGCAAGAUGUUUUGACACCCAUGUAAAGGUCUAGAAUGAAACUCUUUAUCUCUGAACAGUAGAGAUGUAUUUGAUCUUACGCAGGCAACUAAAAACGGAGAAAAUGGGUUUCAUGCGGCAUCAUAUUUACUUUUGGCGUAACAGAAUACUCCAACAUUUUGGUAAAUUAGCUUUUUCACUUUCUUGCCGAGAGUUAGUUAGAUGAGAAGAUUGAUGACAUGUCGUGUCUGUAUGCUAAAUAUCAGGCUAGAACUAGAAGAUCAUUAGCUUAUUUUAGCCUAGCUUAGCGUGAAGACUGGAUGCAGGGGGAAACGACAACAACCCUUUCUUGUUUAAUCCCUGUGUUUGCACAGAGUCUUUGCACUAUG